AGUGGCCUUCCAUUUUCUUAUGGGAUAAUUAUUGCUGCAAGCAUUUUGGCAUCUGUCCUGAUAACUCUCAUGUUUGGAAAAUCGAUUAGGCAAAGGAUUAAAGCGGUAUGUUUUUCCUGGUUGCCAAAAUGGCUUUUUGAAGACUUUCCUAAAGUUGAAAACAGUACUGCAGUAAAAUGCAUUCAGGAGUACCAUGAACUUGAAGCCAUCCAUCCAAUUGUCAUUUCUUCAUAUGUAGAGCCAGUCAUAACAGAAGUGACUGAAAAUGUCACACAAGAGGUUAACAAUAGUUUGGAAACAGAAAGCAUGUUACCCCAGUUAGUAAUGGAAGAUGUCAGCCUUCAGGAUGACAGACUAAGAAUGGAAUACUACAAAAGACUACCUGAUACCACUCAGCUGCCUGAAAUGGUCAACAGCUACAAACCUCAGAUUUCCUUAAGUAAGCAGAAGUCUGAUUUAUUGCAAGAUUUGCAGAAAAGCCACGCUCAGAUAUCUGGUCCAAAUGAUGAGCCUCUGGAGAGAGAGGAACACAGUAUGUUAGAUGACAGUAUUUUCCAUACUAGCCCCUUGUGGUUUAAGACUUUGACAAAUGGGUACGGACUGCUUGACAAUGUAAAGACUAAUGUAAACAGUGGUGAGAGUGGACAAGGCCUUUGUGUAGAGGUGCCCUCCAGAAAUGAAUCAGUUGUCUGUAUUAAUGAGGAACUCAAAAGGAAAAAUCAUUUAUCACAUGGGACAGAGGAAAAACAAACAUUUAUUCUUGGUAAUCUGACUCUAUGCAUUACACAUCUAAAUAUGGGCCACUGUGAUACAACAACUGAUAUGAAUUCUUAUUUUCCACAGAAUGCUAAGAAGACACAUUGAUGCAGUUGGAAAUCAAAGAGUUAGGGUUUGCAGAUGCAUAAUAUUUAAUGCCUUCACUGACAGGCAUUCUAAGCAGAGAUCAGUGGACUAUAGAACUCAGGGUGAUUCGGAGUAAAUGUACAAUUCUGCAGUUAGAACAAGUCUACGUUACGGUGUGCUCAUAAAAUGCCUUGGAUAAAUGUUACUUAUCAAGUAAAAGAAAUGACAAGAGAGACACAAAGCAUUAAUUAUGCUGUCAGAAGGAUUACUGAAAUUCUUUGCAGAUGACAUUAACUCAGAUGUGCAAGUGGUAUUUCGGGGAUUUGUGUUGUCAGUCAGAUGCAGUUGACCAGUUAGGGCUUCAGGUGGUUGUGAGUCUAACAUAUUAGAAGCAGAGAAGCAAAACCAAAAUUGCACUGAUACUUUGUUGAUUUUUUUAUUUAGUUUGUAUGGUGCUAACUGCUACUUUCCUAUGAAAGAUAAAGUAUCUAUGCAAUUAGACAGAGUCAGAAAAUUACAACUCAAUAUAUAAAUAUAUCAUCAAAAUAUUUCUCUGGAAGGUUAAAUAUACUAAUACAUCUAGAAAUAAAUUUGCUGAUUCAGUUCACAUAUAUUUGCAGUUACCUUGAGGAUUGUAAAACUUCCAGUAUCUGCAACACUAAAAUGGGGCAAGCGUUAAAUUCAUUUACAGUAAAGACAUUGCACUUUAUAGUUAUCUAAACAUUUCUUCAUAUAAACAUGGAUUAGUGAUCAAAUCUCAGUUUUUACUCACAUUCUUUAGUACAAGGAAAAUAAAACAAAUAAAUAAAUAAAAACAUCUGAUCUGCAGCUACUUCAUAGCUGACAGAACUGGCUGUGUGGAUUGUCAUUCUUCAAAACCAGAUGUUGUCCUGUUUAAUACUACCACUGCAACAUGUAUACAUAGGAAAAUUGCAAUGGAUUGAGGUCAUAUCAUCUUUUAAAUAUGAAUUCUACCUAAAUAAAAUUCCCUGUGCCAUGCUUUGGACUUAGUGCAUGCUCAAAUCUGUUCAAAAGUAAUUCACCUUUAAUUUUGCAACAUAACGGACCAACAAGUACAUUUCAUUCAAAUAAAAAGUGUUAAAAUUCAGUUAGGUUUUAACGCAUUAACAAUGCAGCAUUCCUUAGUUGCAUAUACCAACACAGUAUUUUUUCAGGACACUGAUGCGCUUGAUACAUCCAUUGACAAAAGAGAAGAAAGGUUAAUUUGUGCCAACAAAGAAAUAACAGCAUAUAAAAUAAUGUAAUAAUUCAAAGAAAGGAAAAUGACAGAAUCAAGAAAACAGUGCAUACACAUUGGCCUUUGCUUAACGUUCUGUCUAGUUUUGUAACUGUCAGUUUAUAACAGUCUUGUGUUUUAAUAAAUCAGUCCAAUAAAUAGCUGAGAUAUGUAAUGUCUUAAAGAAAAGAUGUGGAAGGAAAGCUAUAAAUAUUUUUUAUGUUCAGACUUGGUGUAUAACAACUGGUCUAUACUAAAAUCACAUACUUCAGUAAACUGAUUUAAAAAACAACUGGCUAAAAUAUCACAUCUAAGCGAUGGACUAUUUGUUCUCAAGAAGAAAUGAUUUGAUACUUACUACAAUAUCUCAGGACAAGAAAUAAUACUUAUUUUAUAAACAAUUAGAAUGUCUAGGUCUGAUUUAUUUGUAAAGCUUACCUAUAAAUAAACAUGACAAGUAACAAAUGAUGCUUGAUCACUUCCA